AUGCGACCAAUACUCGCGCGAUCACUCACACGCGCCCGGAGCGCGCGAACCUAUCUAAACUGCCAGACAAUCCGUUUAUUAUCCAGUACCCCUCAACGCAGUAGCAGACUCCGCGCGCGCCUAGCAAUCCCACCUCCCUUUCCCGUUACCAAGACAUGCCCUGAACCAAGCUGCAAUUGUCCACCCACACCCGCCCUGCCGGAGGAUUUACCGAUCGAUCAUGAACAGGCCUUGAAUGGGACGAUGGCUGCUUACGCGCAGCAGAUUCUCGUCUGUACAGGACAACCAGACUGGACGAGUCGGAUCGAGGAUGAUGGCCAAAAUAAAGGCUGGGGCAACCUUGUGAGAGGAUUGAAGAGCCUGCUAGGUCGCGGCGGGCCUUAUCUUGAUCCUUUCAACAAUAUCUUGGUCACAAACUCAUCUAUCGCGCCAGCUGCAAACUCCUCCCCUACUUCCGCCUCGGCAUUCCUCUUCCCCGGCUUCAAAUACAUCCCCUCGAUACCCGUGCACACGAGCUCAUCGCCCGACCAGGCAACCGACCUGACAACCUUCGUACGCGCAUAUCUUCUUCCCGAACGACUCCACAACAUGCACUCCUCUCUCCCCGCGACCAAACAAUCAGAUAUGACCCGAUCCCCAGACCUAGCAUCAAACUUCCCGGGAGUAACCGAUAUCAAUCACUCUCCGACAGUGUUAAUAUGCGGACAUGGAGGUCGCGACAUGCGCUGUGGUGUCAUGGCCCCCGCCUUGGAAAGCGAAUUCAAGCGCGUGCUGCAAGCGCGAGGAUUUACCUCCGCGGGCAGUAGUGGAACCACGGUGGAUGACCCUAAACACGCUAAUAUUGGUCUGAUCAGUCAUGUUGGAGGACACAAAUAUGCAGGCAACGUGAUUGUUUAUAUCCCGCCGAAGAUGGCGUUGGGAACUUCUUCAGAGCCUCACCCGCUGGCGGGUAAGGGGAUUUGGUACGGCCGCAUUGAGCCGAAGCAUGUGGAGGGACUUGUCGAGGAGACUAUUCUCGGCGGAAAAGUGAUUACGGAUCAUUUCCGUGGUGGCAUUGACAGGAAUGCCAUGCAAUCCCUCGCACGACUCCGAUUAACCAGCGCCGUCGCGCCUGGCCGCAUUCACACGCGUCCAACCCUACGAGCCCUCUCACCAGUCUACACCCUAACCCGACUAUCCAGCACCUCAACCCGCCGACUGGACCUCCCCGCCCUCGACAAAAAAUGGCAAGCAAAAUGGGAAAGCGACCGCGCUGCGCCGCGCGAAACACCCAACGAAACACAGAAACCCAAAUCCUACAUCCUGUCCAUGUUCCCAUACCCGUCCGGCACGCUGCACAUGGGCCAUUUGCGCGUAUACACGAUCUCAGAUGUGAUCUCGCGGUUCUAUAAAAUGCGCGGACAUGAUGUACUUCAUCCUAUGGGGUGGGAUGCUUUUGGGUUGCCUGCUGAGAACGCGGCGAUUGAGAGGGGCAUUGAUCCUGCGGUGUGGACGCAUGCGAAUAUUUCGAAGAUGAAGGAGCAAUUGAGAUGUAUUUCGGCGGAGUUUGAUUGGGACCGGGAACUGGCAACGUGUGCCCCGGACUUCUAUGAACAUACUCAGCGCAUCUUUUUGAUGUUGUAUAAAAAGGAUUUGGCGUACCAGGCGGAAGCAUUGGUUAAUUAUGACCCUGUUGAUAAGACUGUUUUGGCAAAUGAGCAGGUUGAUUCCAAUGGGUUCUCCUGGAGGUCUGGGGCUAAGGUUGAGAAGUUGAAUUUGAAGCAGUGGUUCUUUAAGAUCACUGAUUUCAAGGAAGCACUUCUGAAAGACCUCGAUUCCCUUGCUGGGGGAUGGCCAGAGCGUGUUCUGUCGAUGCAGCGCAAUUGGCUUGGAAAGUCUUAUGGUGCUAAGGUCACAUUCCCUGUGACCAUCGGACGCGAAGGUGGUCAAGUCGAUGUGAAUGUAUUCACUACCCGUCCAGAUACUUUGUAUGGUGUGGAGUAUCUAGCACUUUCUUUGAAUCACCCUAUUGUGUUGAAGGCUGCCGGGAAAGACGAGGCACUUCGCAAAUUCCUGAGCGAAGCAUCGUCACUUGCACCGGACUCCAAAGCAGGCUACCGGCUGUCCGACAUUGAGGUGUCUCAUCCAUUGUGCAAGAUUGAUACAGAAACGCCCCACUUGCUGAGGAAGCUUCCUGUCUUUGUGGCUCCCUACGUCCUUAGCGACUAUGGCGAAGGAGCAGUUAUGGGUGUUCCGGGUCAUGACACCAGGGAUAUGUCGUUCUUCAAGGAAAAUGUAGACACCGACUCGAUCCCUGUUGUUAUCGAGGCCGAGCCAAGUGGCAACGAUGCAACCAACAGUGUCGUCCCAGCAUCGAACGCAAAAGCUUUCACGCCAGAGGGUUUCUUGACUUCGCGCUGUGGAAAGUACCAAGGAUUACACUCCAAGGAGGCGUCGAAACUGAUUGUCAAUGACCUGGAACAGGUCGGCCAGGCUGCGUUCGUCGAGAGCUGGCGCCUGCGGGAUUGGUUGAUCAGUCGCCAGCGAUACUGGGGUACGCCCAUCCCCAUCAUUCACUGCGGGGACUGUGGUCCUGUUCCAGUGCCCGACAAGGAUCUUCCAGUAAAGCUGCCAAAGAUCGAGGGAGAGUGGCUCAAGGGAAAGAAGGGAAAUCCUCUGGAAUCCUCAGAGGAAUGGCUCCACACAAAAUGCCCCAGUUGCAACGGUCCCGCCCGGCGCGACACCGAUACCAUGGACACCUUCGUGGACUCGUCCUGGUACUUCCUGCGGUUCUUGGACUCGGCUAACAAGGAAGCCCCAUUCUCUCCUGCAGCAAUGCAGCCAGUGGAUUUGUACAUCGGUGGUAUCGAGCACGCUAUUCUGCACCUUCUCUAUGCUCGAUUCAUUUACAAAUUCCUCUCUCAAUCUGAGCUGCUCCCAGCUACGAAAACUGAUGCAUCCGCAGAGCCUUUCAAAAUGCUCCUCAGCCAGGGUAUGGUCCACGGAAAGACCUUCACUGAGCCCUCGACAGGCCGCUUCCUUCUCCCAUCAGAAGUUGAUCUGACCAAUCCAGACAAGCCUUUGAUAAAGGGAACAACAGUCUCCCCUAACAUUUCUUUCGAAAAGAUGUCCAAGAGCAAGUACAACGGCGUAGACCCUACGACCACCACAUCAAAGUACGGCGCUGACGCUACUCGCGCGCACAUCUUGUUCUCCGCGCCAGUCAGCGAAGUCCUAGAGUGGGACGAAGCCAAGGUUGUCGGCGUCGAGCGCUGGUUCGGCCGACUCUGGAAACUUGUCCAAGACACCCAACACACCCUGACGGAGACAUCAUUCUCCCUCUCAGAAGCAGAUCUAAAAUCCUCUACCGGCCACGCCGCUCCCCUCCCAUCACCACUUCAGGACCUGAGUGAUUCCGACGCAGACGCAGUCCUAGCCACCCACAACACCAUCGCAUCCGUCACCACCUGCAUCGAAAGCAACCCCUACGGCCUGAACACGGUCAUCUCAGACUUAACCAAGUUGACCAACACCCUGGCAUCGAACCCCGCCUCCUCCCCUCUCAUAUUAUACCUAUCCGUCUCAUCCCUCCUCCGUCUUCUAGCCCCCAUCGCCCCAGCUUUAGCCUCUGAAUCAUGGGAAGUGCUGCACGCAACAAAUACCAUCUCUACAACACCUGUGCCAUCAGUCCUUUCAUCACCGUGGCCCAGCACCCUCCUCACAUCCGACCAAGCCGAAAUCCUCUCCUCUCGCGGCGGCCAAACCGUCGCCGUUCAGAUCAACGGAAAGCUCCGCUGUGCUGUGACUAUCCCGCGAAUGGAGUCUCAGUCACCGCAGGGCAAGAAUGCUCCUUCACAGGAAGAACAGGAUUGGAUUGUCAGUCGCAUCUUGGAGACUGCUGAGGGGAAAUCAUGGCUUCAGGAGAAGAAUGACUGGGAGAAAAGACGACGGGUUAUUGUUGUCAAGGGGGGGAAGCUUGUCAAUGUUGUUUUCUGA